AUGAAGUAUGUUAACACUUUCUUUUCCAUCGUAACCAAAGAAAUUCAACGCAUUAACAACCAGGAAUUAAAUCGGAAUAUAUCAAGUUCGGGAUCUUGGCACGAACAAUAUAAAGAUUCAUCAUACAUAUUUAUUGGAAAUAUUCCUUUCGACUUAACAGAGGGCGAUAUAAUUUCGGUCUUCUCUCAGUAUGGAGAGGUUUUCGAUAUUCAGCUAGUUCGCGAUAAAAAAACCGGUGCCUCAAAAGGAUUUGCGUUUUUGAAAUAUGAAGAUCAAAGGAGCACUAUCUUGGCUGUCGAUAAUUUAAAUAACAUUAAUCUCUUAGGACGUACGAUAAGG